CACCGCACAGACUCCUCACAGAUGUGGGGAUACUACAGCUCUGCUAACGAGGUGUGAUUGUAGUAAAGGCACCGCACAGACUCCUCACAGAUGUGGGGAUACUACAGCUCUGCUAACGAGGUGUGAUUGUAGUAAAGGCACCCCACUGCACCGAGCAGCACUGCAGCUGUUUGAUGCAGUUUCCUCCCCCACCUUACCCCGUUGCCCUCCCUCGAACAAUUUGACGCCUUGCUGAGCUCUCUGGACCUGCACAUCCCUUUCUCCACACGCACAACCCAUGCCCCCCUGGGAUUCCGAUCAUCCCAUGCACCCCUGGGAUUCCACACAUCCCAUGCACGCAUGUGCACAUCCUUGAGGAAUGCUCAAACAUGCACAUUUCUGGAGUCACGUGCUCAGCUGGACUCACCCCCCCACUAACAAAUCCCCUUGCCCUCCCUCCAACAGUUUGGCGCCCUGCUGAGCUCUCUGGACCCGCGCAUCCCAUGCACAUAUCUGUCCACAUCCUCCCUAUCCUCCACAUCCUCCUCCCCCCCCCCAAUCGCUUUCCCCGCCUGUCAUCAGUUUGACGCCCUGCUGAGCUCUCUGGACCCGCGCAUCCCAAAUGAAAAGAGCCUGCAUGCCCAACUGACCACAUGGGAACACAGCAUCAGAUCCGCCCUCCUCUCUGGAGCCAGGGCUCUAGCCCGGCAGCUUGCAGCCGCUGCUGCCUUCUCUUCCUCCUCCCCCUCAAUGUUUGCUGCUGGUGCUGCCGGUGCCACUGCUGGUGGUGUUGAUGGUGGUGCUAGUGGUGCCAGUGGUGUCGGCAGUGGUGCUUCCAGUCAGCUUAGACGGUCGACACGUGUGCGCGCCAUGUCAGCCCCUGCAGCAGCAGGUGCCACGUCAGCAGCCUCCCCCCCGUCAGCAAUAGGGGGGAAGGCACUCACAGGGAGAAAUGGUACUGUGGGUGGAAGCUCGGUGUCCCCUUUAAAGAGGUCCUCACGACUGUCUAUGGAGCAGCAGCAGGUUCUAUUCCCUCCACAGCUACGUUAUGUAAAUACCCUUGCAUUGGAUUGAUAUCGAGUGGCUACACAACCAUAUCUUCAUAAU